UAUGCUGUGUUUCCCCUGGCUAAAUAAAAAAAGAGAAGUAACAAUACCCAUGGUCAUUAUUCAACCUGAUGGCUUGAGGGCUUGUGUAGACAUAGCUAAGUUUAGUGUUAAAUAGUUGUAUAAUCAUUUCUUUAGGGUUGAUAGUACAUCAGAGAAAGAGAGGAAGGAGGGUAAGCUGAACCAGGACAGAAGUGGUGUUAACCAUGAGGAAUACGGUGUGGCUGCUCUGUCUAUGUACUGCUCAUUUCUGGUGUGAAUCCAACACCAGCUCUGUUGCUACACCAAAGAGUGGAUCAAUUAAAAAUCCAACUGCAAAUCCAAUCACAACGACCACUGCUGUGCCAACAACUCCAGCAUCUCCAUCUAAUGUCAAUAAGGUAGAGGUGCUAAACCAAACUGAGACAGAACUAUGGCUGAAGUGGGAUAAAGUCAACAACAACAACAGCUACGAUUACAAACUGAGAAACAACAAUGGAGGAGAAGAGUCCAGCAUCAUCUCUAGAUCAGAUACAAACAAACACGUGGAAUACAAAGUCUCAUCUCUCUCUGCUGGGACAAACUACUCUUUCACUCUCUUCACUGUGUUUGAGGGAGUAAACAGCACAGGAUUUCCCUUCUCAGCAGUAACAGCUCCAUCUAAUGUCAAUAAGGUAGAGGUGCUAAACCAAACUGAGACAGAACUAUGGCUGAAGUGGGAUAAAGUCAACAACAACAACAGCUACGAUUACAAACUGAGAAACAACAAUGGAGGAGAAGAGUCCAGCAUCAUUGAUGGGUCAGAUGCACUCAGCUACGUGGAAUACAAAGUCUCAUCUCUCUCUGCUGGGACAAACUACUCUUUCACUCUCUUCACUGAGUUUAAGGGAGUAAACAGCACAGGAUUUCCCUUCUCAGCAGUAACAGCUCCAUCUAAUAUCAAUAAGGUAGAGGUGCUAAACCAAACUGAGACAGAACUAUGGCUGAAGUGGGAUAAAGUCAACAACAACAACAGCUACGAUUACAAACUGAGAAACAACAAUGGAGGAGAAGAGUCCAGCAUCAUUGAUGGGUCAGAUGCACUCAGCUACGUGGAAUACAAAGUCUUAUCUCUCUCUGCUGGGACAAACUACUCUUUCACUCUCUUCACUGUGUUUGAGGGAGUAAACAGCACAGGAUUUCCCUUCUCAGCAGUAACAGCUCCCUCUGAUGUUACUCAGGUAAAUGUGGUCACCCGCUCCGAGACCCACCUACAGUUGAAAUGGACCAAAGUCAACAAUGACAAUAACUACAAUUACAUACUGAAAGACAGCAAUGGAGCAGAGGUUGACAUCGCUGGAUCAGAUGCAGGGACCACAGUGAAACACACAGUCUCAUCUCUCUCUGCUGGGACAGAGUACACUUUCACUCUCUUAACUGUGUUUGAGGGAGUGAACAGCACAGGGUAUAACUUCUUAGUUGUUACAACAAUCAACUGUACUGCCUCAGAGUGGACCGUCAGCCACUCCACCAUUGAGGCAGAGGUUCAGGGGGUCUUCACCACGGCAACAGCUAAUAAUGGGAGUGAAGUGAAUGGCCUUGUGGUGGGAAACAAAGUGUCCUUCUCUAACCUUUACCCUGGGGCUACUUACAGUGUGUCACUGUAUUAUGAGUUGGGUCAGGAGAAACUCUCACAGUGCUCACACAAUUUAACUUUUGUUACAGUUCCUCCAUUAGUGCAAAAUUUAAUAUGUAACGGUAGAGACUACUCUCUGAGUCUGAAGUGGGGGGAACCAGAUGGUGUGUGGACUGCAGUGGAAGUGAAUGUGAGUGGGAAAAGUUCAAAUGUAUCAGGAACACUAGAACUGAUAGUGGCUGGACUGCAGCCUGCAAAUACCUACAGCAUCAGCAUCACAACACUCUCUGGAGCCACGAGGGGUUUAACUCAAUUAUUCAGCAGCUGUCAAACUCAAUCAACGGUCAUCUGGGUACCAGUGCUGGUCAUCAUUCUGCUGGGCCUCCUGGCAGCAAUGGGAGUGUUUAUGCUGCGGAGAAAGUCCCAGUUGCUCAGCAAAGUACACAUGCCAAUGUAUGAAAGGCACUCAGACACUGGUCCUUCACAAGACAAAUUUAAGGCCAUUUCAGUGAAGAAAUUUCCAGAUCAUUUCUACCACCUGAGCCGUGAUGAGAAUCGAGAGUUCACGGGAGAAUAUUUGCAAUUUAGCACUGUAGGAGCAGACCUAAGUCAGCAUGAAGCAAUUCUUCCAGAGAACAAGAGCAAAAACAGAUUCAUCGAUAUACUGCCAUAUGACUAUUCUCGUGUGAAGCUCAGUACCCGUGGCCAGAACUCAGACUACAUCAACGCCAACUUCAUACCUGGCUAUAGGGACAAGAAGAUGGAGUACAUUGCGACUCAAGGUCCACUCACCUCCACUGUCAGCGACUUCUGGAGAAUGAUCUGGGAGCAAAAAUCCGAACGGAUUGUCAUGGUAACCAACUGUAUAGAGAAUGGAAAGGCUAAGUGUGACCAGUAUUGGCCUCAGGAUCCUUCUCCAUGUCGCCAUGGUGACCUACUCAUUACCAUGACGUCAGAGCGUAAAGACACCGACUGGAUCGUGCGUGAAUUGAUCGUAAAAAAUGAGGCCAAAUCCGAGGAAAGACGGGUGAAACAUUUCCACUUCACGGCCUGGCCAGACCAUGGUGUUCCUAAUGGAACCCAGGAACUAAUCGAGUUCCGUGGACUUAUUCGGCAACACAUUCACAGUUCUCGAUCCUCAGGGCCCACAGUUGUGCAUUGCAGUGCUGGAGUUGGCAGAACAGGCACUCUGAUAGCCUUGGAUGUGCUGCUGCAGCAGAUGGAGAGAGAGCAAGCCGUGGACAUUGCAGGGUUUGUCCAUCGCAUGAGACGCCAUCGGCCACGCAUGGUGCAAACAGAGUCCCAAUAUAUAUUUCUGCACCAGUGCAUCAAGGACUGCUUGCCACAGGAGAAACCAGAGGAGCCGAUAUACGUUAACACAGCUAGCCCAGCUAUAAUUUAUGAAAACACUGCCGCCAUUACCUCCAACUAUAGGAACUGAUGAGAGAGUCUUUGACCUUCAUUUGCUGUUUUACAAGCUUAAAGAUAAAUGACAAAGGUAUCUGCUGAUAAAAUAAUCCUGUGAAGUCAAAUGACCACCAGAAUAACUAAAACACAUACAACUGCAUCAUGACUUUAUAUACUACCUGUUCACUCAUGGCCUAAGGUUUGGUUUGUGCUGCAUCUACUGGUCUGAUUUGGCAUAACGUCUCUGGUCAUGGACACUUUUAACAGUUUAUAAAAACAGGCUUUAUUGUACCAAA